AUGACAUCUGCCUCGCUGCUGGCAUACAGCACGUCGCCAGCGGUCACCACCACCACGCCACCAGCUGCCGCUGUCACCACCACCAGCUGCCGCUGUCACCACCACCAGCUGCCGCUGUCACCACCACCAGCUGCCGCUGUCACCACCACCAGCUGCCCGUCACCACCACGCCACCAGCUGCCCCUGUCACAACCACCAGCUGCCGCUGUCACAACCACCAGCUGCCCCUGUCACCACCACCAGCUGCCCCUGUCACCACCACCAGCUGCCGCUGUCACAACCACCAGCUGCCCGUCACCACCACGCCACCAGUAUAUAUACGCUCGAGCCGUGGCGUCAUAUGUGAAUAAUGGCGAGUGCGGGUGA